ACCAUGAGAAAUAUCAGUGUAUUUUUCCUAUGAUUUAUUACAAGUGUAGAUUACUUCAGUGUGAAUAUCAUCAAGAUGUCAGUUUAUAGGAAGCUUUUCUCUCUCAAAAAAAAUCUUUUCCACUAAACAUAAUGUUCAUUUGAAUGCUUGAAAACUUGAUUGUACAUUUGCCAUAGGUAUGUAUAUGAUCCAUUAAGUUUCUUUUCCGUCUUACAGUACUUGUGUGUUAUAAUUUUGAGCAUCACAUCCACAACUUGGGCUUGUUUAUUUUUCUUCAUAAUUUGUAAGAUCUGAGAUCAAGUUUUAAUGAUAAACUGUGAUUAAUGAGCUGACUUUUAUGUGGUAUAUGUUGGUGUCCUUAAAUAGUUAUCAGUAUUUUGGAAUAGUUCAUCAGUAUAUUUUGGAAUACUUAGCAGUAAUUACUCUUCAAUCAAAUGUGCUUAUUCCUGAGCAACAUUUUUAUUAAUUAACUGUAAAGAGGGCAUGAGCUGUGAGCUUACAAGUAUGAAUGAACGCUUAUUCUACUCAGGGAGUCGGCCCUGACAUUCCAUAAUAGAGGUUUUUUUCAGUUACCAGUCGAAAAUUUUACUGCCUAGUAAAAAUUUCUUAGUGUUUUUAGAGCUAUGAGCUAUGUGGCGUGGUAGUGACUGUGAAUGUAUGGCAUACACACUUAUUUUGGUACUAGUUUAAUUUUUUUUAGACAAAAUUAACUUUUUGCAAAACACAAGUUGAUGCAAGCUUAUGGACUGGUGAUAUUCCUCUUAGAGAGAACCCAAAAAGCCAUCAGCCGUGGCUUGUAAAAGUGCCACUUCAAGACAAGCAUCAAUUCAUCUGUGUAUGGUGUCGGGUAAUUCGGGAAAUCGUUAAAGGUCAAAGAACAAUUUUGGUGAUGCUUAGUCCCAUGUAUGCUGUGCGGUCGUUCUUACCCACAUCUAUGCCAGCUGUCAUAUCAAAUGAUGAAAGUGAAGAAAAGGGUAUGUCCCUUGAAAUUAUAGGUCAAGGUGAAGUCACUUUCCUGCAUUUGCCUGGAGCUCUCAAAGAGAGCACUCAUCAAUUAAAUCUUCGUAAUGCUGCAAACAUGAAAGUUUUUCCAUUUGGAUUCUCAAAUAUUGAUCCGAAAAAAAUAUUCAUAAGUGUAGAUCAAGUUAAUAUUGAAAGUAUCAAAUGAUGUCAAUAGAGGCUGUGAGUAGAGUUGAAAUAUGUGCAAAGGACAUCCGCCAGAAAACUUUUCAGUCUCAAUUGAUGAAGGUUUGUUGGAAUUACCUUUCUGGUGCAGUAUUUGGAGCAGGAUGGGUUGUUAGCUCUCUAGUACUCCUAGGCAGUCCAGGUGGCAUUGCCCAAACUCUGGGUACAGGCCUACGUGAUUUUGUCAGUCUGCCAUAUCAUGGAAUUCUGGAGGGCCCUUGGGGCUUCCUUGUUGGAGUUACACAUGGUUCUGCGUCUCUCAUGAAACACUUCACUGCAGGUACGCUUACAUCAGUAACUAAAAUGGCAUCUAGUGUGGCCUGUAAUUUAGAUCGCUUGACACUAGAUGGAGAACAUUUAGAUAGGACAGAGGAAUUGCGGAGGGUGCGACCUCAAAGGAGUUGCUGAAGGCCUAUUGCAGGGCUUAACCAGUCUGGGAAUCUGUAUAUUAGGUGCUGUCGGCGGAUUGGCUCAUCACCCACUUCAGUCAGUAUUAUCUGGUCAACCAUCCCCUCGGGGUGUUGUAACAGGUGUUGGUAGGGGUCUUGUUAAAAUGUUCACAAAACCUCUCAGUGGAGCUGCAGAUCUAGUCGCUAUGACCGGGCAAGGAUUGCUUCAGGGUGCUGGAUGGAGCAAUUUACCACAGCAAAGAGAUCAAGCUAAGGCAGAACGAGGAAACCCACAAAGAAGUGCCUUAGUCAAGUUCAGCAAAAUUCAACACCCUAUUGUCUCUCAAUGCCUACUUGUUCUGGAGGCAACACUAGAAUCUAGUUCAUCUCGUUUCAAAGCUGUUACAUUGUUGCUGACAACUCAGAACCUGAUAGUCCUAUCAGCAGAUGAAACAGAUCCUACUAUUUUAACCAUCAGCUUCAAUGGAGCACCGCCUGUUGACCAAAGAAUGUGGGACUUUGUAAACGGCUGCCAAUAUGCCGUCAACACUGGCCCACCAGCCCUUGAAACUUCAGAAGAUAUCAGACCAGCAAGUCCUAUUCCACUCUCAUCAACGUUACCAUUAAGUAUGCAAACUGUUGAACAUCAAUCUGCCCCAGAGGUGGAGGACACGAACCCGAACCUCAACCUCUCUCGUUCUUCUUCUGAUGACGGCGGGGUUUCUCUGAGCGCUGUCCAGCCAGCCGAUACAUCGGCUUCUGCCACAGUCAGGCCCCCUACAAUCUUCCAUGUUAAUCCUUUGAUACAAAGGCACUUUAUUAUUCUCCUAAAAGUCGCUCAAAGGCAAAUACAAAGCCAAGGCUUCCAAAUUCUGUGAUAUUUUUUUUCAAAGGUUUUAUUAAUUUUGUAUUAUUAGUUUUUCCAAUGAAUUUGUUAUAUUUGACGCUUUUAAAGUAUUUUUAUCCACCAAGAUAAUUUAUAUUUUACUUGCAUUUUACUUUUUCCUUCCCCUGGUGUAAGGUGGGUAGGUGGCCCGUGCCACUGGCCUUAUGGCCCCGUGCGAGUAUGCAACCCGCCCGCACAUCUGCAUGCGGUACAGUAUACUGUAAGCAAAGAAGAAAAAGUAGGGGGUCUCAUGUACCAGGUGCCUGAAAACCCCCGCGCACUUCUGUACUAUGCCGUCCCGCAUGCACGAGUGCGGGCGGGUUGCCUACUCGCUUGUCCCGUAAGGCGCCACGGUCAGGGGCGAUAGGCAAACCCGGCCCGCACUCCUGCGUGCGGGACGGCAUAGCGCACGGCCCUGCCCCGUGCCUUUCUUCAUUUUAUUUCACUCGAUUCGGUCGGCAGCUUGUUCCCAGCGGGAGUCGCCGUGCCGCGUGCAUGCGGGUAGGUGUCUCGGCCGGACCGGAGGCGAGGCAGGCGAACGCGAGGGGCGGCACGGGCCCCCGCGGUACGGCCUGGACGGGAACCUCACAGCCCCUCCUCCCUCCAGUCCAGCCCAGCGCAGCCCAGCACUCCAGCACCGGCCAGGCCCUUAUAUUCUAGCUCUCAGUAAAUGGUUCUGCACCUUUUUGUAAACCCGGGUGCCCCGAGGGGACGUUCUAUCAGUAAAGGGCAAAAAUCGAGACACUCAAUUUUUGAUUUUGACCAAAUAUUUUUUUUCUCUCUUGAAAUGAUGCCAAAUGAUAAGAAAAAAAUUUUAAAAAAAUUUGGCUCAAAUGGUUAGUGAAAUAUACACAAAAAACUGUCUAACUCAAAAGACGCGGCAAUAAAUUUUGUUGA